AAGCAAAAGGCGAAAACCCCUCCUAAACCCUCCAACUCUCUCGCUCUCUCUCUCCCUCUCUCCAAUGCGGCUCUCUCCAACGCUGCUACGGCGGUCGAUCGGCCUCAGAUUCCUCUCGCAAUCACUCGCCGAGGCACCGUCGCCGUCUUCCGAUGGGACGACCGUGCCUCUCACUUACCUUGAGGGCUUCCCCAAGCCGGACCCCAAGUACUCGGAGACGAUCUUGGGAAUACCCAGGGAGAAGUCCGGUCGCCUCAUCUCCGCCAAGGAGAGAAAGGCCGGUCGUGUUCCAAGCAUUGUCUUCGAGCAGGCGGACGGAGAGCACGGCGGCAACAAGCGCCUCAUUUCCGUUCAGACCAAGCAGAUGAAGAAGCUCAUCACGCAGCUGGGUCAGUCCUUCUUCCUCUCUCGCCUUUUCGAUCUUGAGGUCCGCCCCGACUUCGAGUCCGACGAGAUCAUCGAGAAAGUCCGCGUUCUACCGCGCCGGAUGCAUCUACACUCGGGCACAGAUGAAGUACUUAAUGUUACAUUCAUGAGGGCCCCUUCAGGUGCUAAGUUUAAGGUCAAUGUCCCACUUGUAUACAGAGGAGAGGAUGCAUGCCCUGGGCUAAGAAAAGGGGCUUAUUUGAACACAAUUAGGAGGACAGUCCCAUUCCUUUGCCCAGCUGAUAUUGUCCCCCCAUAUAUUGAUGUAGAUUUAAGUGAGUUGGAUGUGGGGCAGAAGUUGGUGAUGAAGGAUCUCAAGGUUCAUCCUGCAAUUAGGCUAUACCAAGUUAAUGAGGACUGGCCUAUUUGCAAUGUCAGGCAUGGAAGGGGCUCUGGUAAGAAGUCUGAACAAAAGAAAUGAAGGCUGUUUAAUUGUUCCAGCAUGAAGGCCAAGAUUUUCUUCACCCUUCUUGUUGACAUGCACUCCAUGAUUUUUUUUUUUUUUAAUUUUGAAAAGCUUUGUUUUUUAUAAUUUCAGUGUUGAGGUAAACCUGUCAAAAACCAGUAAAGUUGAUCCUUUUGCGGUCAUGUUGUAA